AGAUCUCACAGCCAAUAACUACUUAGUUAAAGGCUAUACAGAAACUCUAUACAAGGAGCUAACAACAGCACCUACUCUAAUACUAGACCCAGAAGAUCAAAGUCAGGAACUUGCAAUUUGGAAGAAGAUUAAAUGCAUCUAG